GAUAUCAAUUCUUCGUUGUUUCUCUCUUAUUAAACGUCUGCUGUAAAACUUUCGAGAAUUAUUAAUUUGGUGUGCUGACGUAUUUUAGUUUGUAGAAGCAUUAUUCAUACUGUUAAAAAAUGUUAAGAUUCAUAUUACUUUUGGUAUUCCUGCUAACUGUACGAUGCGAGAAUGAAUAUGAGCGAGAUAUUUAUUGGCGUCACUUCAAUAAAGUUAUUCCCGAAGAUGCUGUCGAUGUUGGAUUUGGUGUAUAUGUUGGAAUAAGUCUUUUGGAUGGUUAUAUGAUUCCUGGGACAAUAAAUCCGGAAAGUGGAAAAUUUGAAGGUGUAUUAAGCAGAAAGCAUGAAAAAACUGAUGAAGUGAAAAUUUUAUGUUCGAAAAAUCCCUUAAGAUUUAAAUGGUUAUACAUAAACGGCACGGAUCUUCCACCAAAUCUUCCAAUUUUAUCAAAACGAUUUGUAAAACUUGAUAGCAAUAGUCGAACAUAUUAUGUUGGAAGAGCUUUCCAUGAAAAUCAAUGGAGAAUUGGGACGGUUUACUCACCAGCAAUGAAAAUUUUUUAUACCUGGAAUAACGACCGUACCGUACGUCAACUUAACCACUACGAAAUUUUAACAUAUAUUACUCCGGAUAACAUGGUAUAUAAUAAUCCCCAGCAAGAUGUAUCAUCGGAUUUAAAAACCAUUAAAGAACUUUUAAAUAAGAACAAUUAUUUCAUAUUAUCGGUUGCGGCAGAAAUUGAUCUUUUACCAGAACCUUCAAAAGAUUUAGUUAAAUCGGCGAUUUGGAGAAUUAUUUAUACAGUGAAGCGCGCAAAAGUAACUAAUUCUGAAAUUUCGUUAUCCAAUUUGACCAAACAGUUACGAAUUGAAUAAACUUAAAAUAAAUCUUAUACAAUUAAUAACAUAUUAAUAAAUCUAUAAACGUUUUAUUGAAGUUGAA